AUGUUUCUUAGCAUAACUAGAAUUUCAAUGCUAUGGUUUACAUCUUUCCUGUUAAGAGAAAAGUUUGAAGAUGUUAUGGAAAGGGUAGCUCCACUUUUAUUUGAAAAUUAUUUACACGAUAGAUCAGAUCCUUUUAUUCUAAAAUUUAUUAAUCCGAACAUACGUCAAACACGGGUGAAGAAAAAUAGCAAGUUAGACAUACAAAGCGAAGUAGAUGUAAUUGAACCUGCGGUUGCUAUUCAAACGCAAAAUAUCAAGUUAAGACUGAAAGCAAUCACAGAAAUGAAAAAUAGUACAGUGAGCAAUAACACAUCAAAGGAAGUUACAAUACAGACCACAGAAUACAUCGCAAAGACGAAAUGUACGGCUACCGAAGGUACAGACACGCAUACAGUGGAAAAGGUUGUCUUAGCAACGGCAUUGGGCGCACUUAGAUCGAAGCGUAGAAAUUCGAAAGCCUUCUCAGCAUCGGGGAUUGUCACAAAUGAAGGGCUGAACGAUAUCAACUUGCUAAUGAAAGUACUUCAAGACAAAGAGCAGUUGGAUGACGUCACGAACGUAGAAAUUUUACAGCUUGUAAACACAUUGAGAGAGGAGUUGAUGUUGAAUGAGAUUGAACAGGUUCAUGCUCCCCGUGAUAUAAGAAUGAACUUAAUACCCAGUCCUAUGCGAAGAGACAUGGUUCCAGGUGUAGCUGGAGAAAGAAUAGUCAGCAAACUAAGAGUGUUGCCAAAGAUAGAUACAGUAAAAAAAUCACAAGUAAAUCGUAUGAAAGCUAUCCCCGAAAGACAUGGGAACGCAACAGUUUUCAAACAAAAUGGACACACCAAAUACGGCUUAAUUCAAUUCCAUUGGACCACAUACACUCCCCGUUAUGACAUGGAUACAAACGAAUAUUGCAGAUCUGCUCAUCAAAACAAACCCGUUAAUAAACCAGCUAAAGUUGCAGUAAAGAAGCAGGAAAAGAAUCAGGUGACUCCACGUUUACCUUUCAUUUGGAAGCGGAGGUUGAACAACACACCUAUCAGUUGUCGUCCAAGUGGAAUGCUCAAUAAUCAUACUGUCCUACCUGCAAUUGAAGCAGUUGGUAAGGAUACGAAAAUGUCGAUAAGUCUACACACACUAUUACCUUUGUAGAGAGAACUAUCAUCCUAUAAAACAACCUUAUUUUCUAUUUA